CCCCGGAGAGAAUCAGCAAUUGAGUGGGCGCGAGCUUUGGGUUUACCGUUUGUGGUUCGUCGCUACUGGCUUAAUUUUUUUCCCCGUCAGGUUGCACAAAAAGACAUGGCGUCAGUGGAAGUUACUCCUUGUCAGAAUGCGGUCACCCGAGUGGUGAGCCUUCCUCUGGUGAGCUCCACCUAUGACCUGGUGUCCAAUGUCUACAGCAGCACCAAGGACAGCCACCCCUACAUCAAGUCUGUGUGUGAGGUGGCUGAGAUUGGAGUGAAAACCAUCACAUCAGUGGCCCUCACUGGUGCUAUGCCCCUCAUUGGCAAACUGGAGCCCCAGAUUGCGAUGGCAAAUGACCUCGCCUGCAAAGGCCUGGACAAGAUAGAGAAGAAACUGCCAAUUCUGCACCAGCCAUCUGAGCAGAUCGUUGCUACGGCUAAGAAUGUAGUGAUGGGAGCCAAGGACGCAAUGGCUGUCACUGUGAGUGGUGCCCGGGACACAGUGUCUCUCACUCUAACGGAUGUGGUGGACAAGACCAAAGGGGCAGUGCAGGACAGUGUGGAAAUGACCAAGGCUGUGGUCAGUGGCAGUGUUAAUACAGUCAUGGGCAGCCGUGUGGCUCAGCUGGUCGACACUGGUGUGGACACAGUGCUGAGUACAUCUGAGAACCUGGUGGAUCAGUACCUUCCACUGACAGAGGAGGAGCUAGAGAAGGAGGCCAAAAUGGUGAAAGGGUUUGAGGCAGGAGGCCAGAAGCCCAGUUACUACGUGCGGCUGGGGUCUCUCUCGGAGAAGUUGCGCAAGAGGGCAUACCAGCAGGCCAUUGACAAGGUGCGCGACGCUAAGCAGAGAAGUCAGGAGUCAAUCUCACAACUGCACCAUACUGUGGAUCUGAUCGAAUAUGCAAGGAAAAACAUGGAUGGGGCCAACCAGAAGUUGCAGGAGAAGUUUCACUCCUGGGUUGAGUGGACAAGUGGACACACCACUGGGGAGCAGAAUGAAACUGAGCACAUUGAAUCACGCACACUGGCCAUCACCCACAGCCUGACUCACCAGCUGCAGACUACAUGCCUGACCCUAGUCUCCAACCUCCAGGGCCUCCCUCAGAGCAUCCAGAGUCAGGCACUCUCUGUAGCUCGUUCUGCCUCCGAGGUUUAUGACAACUUCAGCAAAGCUUCCACAUUCAGGGAUGUCUCUGAUGGCAUGCUGACCAGAAGCAAAGUGCAGCUGACCAAAAUGAAGGAUUCCUUGGAUGGCAUCAUGGACUACCUGGUUAACAACACACCCCUCAACUGGCUGGUAGGUCCUUUCUACCCCCGGAUGGAGCCUGUGCCCUCCAGCUUCUCUUCCAUUGGGAAGGAAGAGAAGACCCCUGCAGAUGUGCAAAUGAAGCUGUUGGACUGAAGCUACUAGUCUUUAUGCUUAGCUCUGACUCCUGCAAUUGCUUAAAGUUACUGCAAUUAAACAUUCCUGUUACAUCAUGAUCACUACAUUUAAAGUAACACCUAGAGGCUACUAAACUUUGACAGUAUUGGCUUUCAUGUAUUGCUGGCUUGUGAUGUCUUGGGUGACAUGUCAGUGAGUGCACCACCCAGACACUGAGACAGCCACACUAAAAGGAUGUGGGUUCAGUCUGGACUUCACAGGUUCUCCAUGUCUGUGGGUUUCUUCUUAACACCUGUAGUUCAGGUUCAUCCAUAGUUUGAAUGUUCCACUGAUGUA